CCCCUAUGUGCCGGCACAGAGCAGACAGAGGUUGUAAACAUGGCGGCGGACGGGAUGGUGCUCACCAACCACGACCAUCAGACCCGAGUGGGGAUUCUGACGGUCAGUGACGGCUGUUUCAAGAACCUGGCUGAGGACAGGAGUGGAGUGAACCUGAAGGACCUGGUCCAUGAUCCAUCACUGCUAGGAGGAGUCAUCGCGGCCUACAAGAUAGUUCCAGAUGAAAUUGAUGAAAUCAAGGACACUCUUUUGGAGUGGUGCGAUGAACAGCAGCUGAAUCUCAUUCUCACUACCGGAGGAACCGGAUUUGCACCACGAGAUGUUACACCUGAGGCCACCAGAGACGUGAUCGAGCGAGAGGCUCCGGGUAUGGCCCUCGCCAUGCUGAUGGGGUCACUCAACGUGACACCGCUAGGCAUGCUGUCCAGGCCGGUGUGUGGUAUCCGUGGUAAGACCCUGAUCAUCAACCUACCAGGGAGCAAGAAGGGCUCUCAGGAGUGUUUUCAGUUCAUCCUGCCCGCUCUGCCCCAUGCCAUUGACCUGCUGCGCGAGGCCAUCGUCAGGGUGAACUCCACUCACGCCGCCCUGGCGCAGCUGCCCUCCCCGUCCCCCCUGCUGGCCAACACGCAUAUCGACGCGCACAUCAACAUGCAUACCAUGGAGCGCGGCACCCAGUGCGAGGAGGACGACGAGGACGACGAGGAGGAGGAGGAGGAGGAGGAGGAGGACAGGAGGCGGGGUCCACAUGUGCACAACCACCAUCACCACCACCACCACCAGCAUGGCUCCUCCCAUAUCACCGCAGCUGCUAUCGCUGCCAAGACAAGCCAUGCGUCGGUCAUGGCUAAGGGCGGUCCCUACCUGCUCAGCAACACGCCUGCCCCGCCCACUCAUUUCACCUGCUCCUGUACCCAUGACGAGCAGAUCCCGGACUCUAUCAUUUCGCGAGGAGUUCAGGUGCUUCCUCGAGAUUCCGCCUCUUUAAGCUCCACCCCUUCCGAGUCUCCACGGGCAACACAGGCCACUUCCCGCCUUUCCACCGCCUCAUGCCCGACACCCAAGGUUCAGUCCCGAUGUGGCAGUAAUGAGAACAUUCUGAGAGCCAGCCACAGUGCGGUGGACAUCAGCAAGGUGGCACGUCGUCAUCGCAUGUCUCCAUUCCCAUUGACAUCAAUGGACAAAGCCUUCAUCACUGUUCUAGAGAUGACGUCUAUUCUGGGAAUUGAAGUCAUUAACUACAGAGAUGGUUUGGGUCGAGUGCUCGCUCAGGACAUCUAUGCCAAAGACAACCUUCCUCCAUUCCCCGCUUCCGUUAAAGACGGCUACGCUGUACGAGCUGCCGACGGCCCCGGAGAUCGCUUCAUCAUGGGAGAAUCACAGGCUGGACAACAGCCCACACACACAGUGAUGCCAGGUCAGGUGAUGAGGGUGACAACCGGGGCUCCGAUUCCUUGCGGGGCCGACGCUGUGGUCCAGGUGGAGGACACAGAGCUGCUGAGAGAGUCUGAGGAUGGCACAGAGGAGCUGGAGGUGAGGAUUUUGGUCCAGGCCCGGCCCGGACAGGACAUCAGGCCCAUAGGUCAUGACAUCAGGCGAGGGGAGUGUGUGUUGGCCAAAGGGACACACAUGGGCCCGUCAGAGAUCGGCCUGCUGGCUACGGUGGGAGUGACUGAGGUCAGCGUGCACAAGUUCCCUGUGGUGGCCAUCAUGUCCACCGGAAACGAGCUGUUAAAUCCAGAGGAUGACCUCCACCCAGGGAAAAUCCGAGACUCCAACCGCUCCACCCUGCUGUCCACCAUCCAGGAGCACGGCUAUCCCACUAUCAACCUGGGUAUCGUCGGAGACAACCCUGAUGACCUGCUGUCAGCUCUCCACGAGGGAAUCAGUCGCGCCGAUGUCAUCAUCACCUCAGGGGGUGUGUCCAUGGGAGAGAAGGACUACCUCAAACAGGUGCUGGAUAUUGACCUUCAUGCUCAGAUCCACUUUGGACGAGUCUUCAUGAAGCCAGGUCUUCCUACGACCUUCGCCACAGCUGACAUCGAUGGAACACGGAAACUCAUCUUUGCUCUGCCAGGUAACCCAGUGUCUGCAGUAGUGACAUGUAACCUGUUUGUGAUUCCUGCUCUGAGGAAGAUGCAAGGCAUUCUGGACCCUAGACCUACAAUUAUUAAAGCUAGGCUUUCCUGUGAUGUGAAGCUGGAUCCCAGACCAGAGUACCACCGCUGUAUUCUCACCUGGCAUCACCAGGAGCCCCUGCCCUGGGCACAAAGCACAGGAAACCAGGUCUCCAGUAGGCUCAUGUCGAUGCGUAGCGCCAACGGUCUGCUGAUGUUGCCACCCAAGACGGAGCAGUAUGUGGAACUGCACAAGGGAGAGGUCGUGGACGUCAUGGUCAUCGGACGGCUAUGAUGCAGACUUCAAUGUCACUCGUUACCGAUUACCAUGGCAGUGCCAGGACUUCCUGUCUGGACAGGAAACGGGCGGGGGCAGGAAGUGAUGCAUGUCUACCUGGUCGCCAUUAGCUGUGAUGUCAUAUGCAACAGCCAAUCGGAAGCCAGCGGAGGCUGAAACCUCAUUGGUCUGCUCUGAGGAGAUCACUGUAUUUCAAUGGAGAAAAAAAAGAUAUAUAUAAAAUAUGAGAUUUAUUCUGUAAUAUUAUUAUUAUCCUGAUGAUAAUGAUUAUUGAUAUUCUUAAUUAAUAUUCUAUUUAUUAUUAUUAUUAUUAUUAUCAUGGUUCUGAUUGAAUAUUCUCAUCUUAGUAGUAAUCAUUGCCCUCUUCUCUCCUGUUCAUUUGCUUUGUGCGUUCAAUAUUUUUCACUAGUAAAUAUAGAGAUAUAGAAACUUUCUCAUCAUCUUCUCCUCCUGACCUUUUAUCCUUUUUCGCUCCCCCUCUUUUCUGCUCUGGCAUCCUCUACCCAGAUAUAGGAACUACUUAAUAACCCCCAUCUGUGCAGUAUUACUUCAUCUCUUCCCGGAACACACUGACCCUAACACCAGUAUUGACAGAAAUAUGAACUAAAGGCUUCUAAAGAUCCUUUUUUUUCUUCUUUUUUUCUUUCUUGAAGCUGCUAAUAUAGUUUGUGUCAGUACAGUAAAUAUGACUUGUUUUUGCCAAAAAAAUCUACAGAUAUUUUGUUUAAAUUUCUUUUGGGUUCCAGAUGCAACCUUUUCCAACCAUACUGGGACACUGAACCUCAUGACUCUCAAUGAAAGCCAUGGAAGUGUUUUAGGCUCGUCUUUAAGGCAGAGCAAGCCGGGACUGGAUAAGUGAAUCCUCACUCGUGACAUAAGAUAUGAACAUAAACGAUAUGAUAAUGGCUUCUGUGAUGUGUAGCCGGUGAGAAAACCACUUUUAAAUUCACGGUGGGCCACAUACACAGCAUUACUACAGCCGUCACCCUACGACUAGGCUCAGCCACAAAACUACAGGACAGGAAUUUAAAUGCUCUUCGAUAAAUGUGAUAUUCGCAUUUUGGUUUUUUACAACUAUUGUCGCGAUAAUUCUAUGUUGUCUCAUUGUCAACAAAUUCCCAUGAAACAAACAAUGAAUUUGAUUAGUGAGGAUUGUGUAUAGGUCAAGUCCCUCUUGAUUCCAGUCUUUAUGCUAAGCUAACCAGCUACUGGCUUUAGCUUCACAUUUACUGAGCAGACGUGAGUAGUCAUAUUGAUCAAUCGCUUUAUCCAACUUUGGCAAGUGUGGUGACCAAAACAUCUUAACUUUUCCUUUAUAAAGGGUCGUAAAAGCUCCAACUAAAAACAUAAAUAGUAUUUAUAUAAAUCUCAGUAAUUUGCUGAAACAGUUGGGCACUGUAGUUUUUCGCGAACAUUGAUUGCACUGCAUUUGUUGAACUGUUUUUAGCCACGGAUUAUUGUACACAUGGUGCUCCUGCGAGUAUUUUGGGACAGCAGGACGGUGUAUGUGGGAUCGAGUCAAAAUAAACUACAGUGGUGCAGUUUUGAUACGACUGGAGCUCUGUGGCUCAGAGGAUGAAGACUUAUACACAAUCAAUUGUUGGCUCGGGUCUUUCCGUGUGAUUUGUUGACGAUACGAAACAUGUAGAAUAUGAUAAGAUUAUCCUUUUCGGUAGCCAAAGAUUGAUUAGUGUAACUUGUUGAUAGUUGGUCUCAAAGGCUGUCUCCUGUUCGUCCAAUCAGAUGCCUCCAUCACUUUUUUUUCAAACUACACGAACAUGAACGAAAGAGCCGCUUGAGUGAGUUGUGACAUAUCGUCUCUCUCUCUGAUUCCCCACCCUCCACUCCCUCCCACUCAGAGAAAACUCCAACCCGACAUCACCUCAGAAGCAGGGUGUCGCGUUCAGGUGCUCGUAAACUACACGACCGGUAUAUUUAUACCACAACAGUGUUUUAGGUGCUCGUCAAAAGAAUCGAACGCAGUUCAAGGCUGUAAAAUAGACAACAUAAUUUGACUGCUUUUCUCUCAAUGUACUGUACAUAUUCUGAGCAUCACCGGAAGAAAAGCUUGUUUGAUAUUUAGCCUACAGUGAAAGCUAAGUUUACUAUUAGCAUUAACAAAGUAGUAGGUUGGCUGGCUGCUGUAUCCUGAUUAAACACUAAAUUGUUUACCGAUUAUCAAGGACCGUUCAAAUGCAUCAUAUGCAAUCUGUGAGUCCCCAGCAUUCACCAAUGCGCACCAUACCUUACUUAACUGAUUCUUCCCAUCAGUGUGAUCAGUACAAAACAAAACCCACGUGCUCAACGGUUUAAUGCUGCAUUCAGGUCAUGUCGGAAUAAAGGUAGACACAAACUGGUACUCGUUUGAAUUGAAUGGUACAGGACAUCAUUCAUGUUGUUCCCAGAUGUUGUUUUCUGCUGCUGAUCUUUACAAAAGCAUUGACUUCCAGAUCAGACGCACACAUCUCCUAUCUUUCCUCUGUGACCUAAGUGCAGCAUGGGGCAGAACUUCUGAGCUUUGACCCCUCCUCCCCCCUCUCCUGAUAGGCCGACGCAGUCUUCCUCCACCUCUCCCCUCGCCCCUCCAUUUUUCUUUCUUCCUCUCCCUCCUUCUCCACACUUGCAUGCCCAUAAAGGGAGGAGGGGGGCGUGUCUUUCUCUUUGGGCAGGUCUCAUUCCAGGCGUGAGACGAGGGUGCAGCACCUGGGCGGGGCUUCUGAACAGACUAAAUGUCACAUUUCGUGGCUGCUCACGAUGCGAUUCACUGGUGUGAAAGUAAGAGGUUUUUUCAAAGUCCAGACUCUGGUACCAACACUGUCUUCUCAUUAAUUCCUCUCGUUCAGAUAUCAGAAACUUCCCAGUUACCUCAAAUGCACCAUAUAACCAUCAGCAGCUCAUGCUGGGUUCAUGUCACGUCAGAGAAAGUGGAAGAACAGGGUGACUUUUUAGCAACAGUUCAAAGACGAUAAUUCAUUCAAUUGAAGGACCACAUCCAAAUUAUAUUAAACAUUUUUUUAAAUAUUAAAAUACUCCGUGUUUAUGUAUUCGGCAGCUCAUAUUUACGAUUAGCCCGUCAUGACAUGAACGCAGCAUCAAAGCAGUCCUGCCACCUGCCCAAGGAGGACCAGUCAAACCCAGAUAGAUCCAUUUGAGUAAGAAGAAGCAGGUUCUUGUUAAACUGCCUUUGUACUGAGUGAUUCGUAACACUGGACUGAAAUCCGUGUCACACUGCACACACUAUAAACUAUGACCAGCACUUGUAAUGAAGCAAUGACACAGCAUUCUACUACUACUGUAUAAAUAUAAUGAAAAGGAUGUUUUUUUUCUGUAAUGAUAUUAUUGAAACUGAAGAUGAAUUAAUAAAAAUAAUCCUGAUUAUUCUGUA